AUGUAUAACAAAUUUGUUAAAGUAUUUUUAAUUGCUUUUAUUGCAAUUAAUUGUGUAUUUGCAGGAACACCAGAUGAAUGGAGUACUAGAACUAUUUAUCAGUUAUUAACUGAUAGAUUCAGUCAAACUGUCAAUAGUUCACAACCAUGUUCAAACCUUCAAAGUUAUUGCGGUGGUACAUUCCAAGGUAUUGAAAAUCAUUUAGAUUAUAUCUUGGGUAUGGGCUUCGAUGCCAUCUGGAUUUCACCAGUUGUUACCAAUACUCCAGGUGGCUACCACGGUUAUUGGCAAGAAAAUAUUUACACCAUCAAUGAAUAUUUUGGCUCAGAAGAAGAUUUAUUAGCAUUAAUUAAAGCUUGUCACAGUCGUGGUAUUUGGGUUAUGUUAGAUGUUGUUGGUAAUCACGUUGGUCCAGUUAACUAUGAAUAUAAUACUAUUGUACCAUUUGACUCUCCAGCUCACUAUCACAACUGCACCACUUGCCCAGAAGACUGCACCAUUAAUAACUUUGAUGAUUACACUCAAGUCGAAGUCUGUCGUCUUUCAGGUUUACCAGAUUUAGAUCAAGACAAUGCUUUUGUUCGUAGUACCUUAUUAAACUGGAUUAAAAACGUAACUUCAUUCUAUGGUUUCGAUGGUAUUCGUAUCGAUACUGUUCCAGAAGUUAAAGCUGAAUUCUGGACCGAAUACAAUCAAGCUGCUGGUGUUUACGCUGUUGGUGAAGUUUAUAACGGUAACUUAACCUACGUUGCUGAAUAUCAAGGUCCAGUUGACGGUGUUCUUUCAUACCCAAUGUUCUUUACUCUUCGUAAUGUCUUUGCUUCAAAACAAUCAAUGACCCAAAUUCAAGCUACCUUCCAACAAUACCAACAACUCUUCAAAAACAUCUCUUAUUUAGGUACCUUUAUUGAUAACCACGAUCAAGUUCGUUUCUUAAAUGAACAAGUCGAUGUUGAACUCUACAAAAAUGCUAUCACCUACGUCUUAAUGGCUCAAGGUAUCCCAAUCAUCUACUAUGGUACUGAACAAGGUUUCGAUGGUUCAGCCGAUCCAAACAAUCGUGAACCACUUUGGACCACUCAAUUCAAUCAAAAUUCAGUUUUAUACAAAUUCAUCCAAACCAUCAAUGAAUUCCGUACUCAAAAUGAUGAAGUUAAAUCUGCUGAACAAAUCCAACGUUAUGCUGAUAAUGGUUUCUAUGCUUUCACUCGUGGCAAUGCUUUUAUUGCUCUUACCAAUGGCGGUUCAGUUCAAGUUCAAACCUCACGUGUUAUCACCUACCAUCCAUAUGAUGAAGGAACUACCUUAUGUAACAUUUUCUGGCCAACUCAAGAUUGUAUCAAAGUAUCCGGUGGUCAAUUCACUGUUUAUUUAGAUUACGGUGAAUCUAAAAUUUACUACCCACUCUCAUAAGGGAAUAUAAACAAUAAUAUAUACUAUCUUUGAUUACUUUAUAAAUAAUAAUAGU